AAAAAAACUUAUUCACAAGGUUCGCAGAUGAAUUGCUUCAUUCUUUUUUCAACACCCGCGCACUCACUGUGGCACCAGGAACCACAACUCUGACAUGAAAUCCACAUUUCUCUUGUUUUCGACCUAGAGAAUAUAUCAUUGCAAUAUAAACAUGCAACAUCGGCUUCAUCGUCAUCAAGAUCUUCAACCUUUUCAUUAUCACUGACAUAAUUCGUUUCUUCUUCAACCAAAAUCUUCCUUUUUGCUUUUCUUGAUAACUUUUCCCUCUCCUUUGUUGUUUUUCUUCUACUUCCUUUUUUAAUUCAUCAAUGUCUGGCGUGGAAUUUAUAUGUCCUUUUUUACUAGGUUUUCUUAAUCUUUUCCUUGAAGCUCCAAGUGAAGCUUGCGGCAAUGGAGAUAGUUCCUGAAUACUAUAAUAUCUUCGUUUCCUCGUUGACGGAAAUCUUUCUGUCAUGGACUUAGCUUUGGCAAAUCCUGAUGUUGAAGGUUCAACUUCAGUAGCUUCUGGUGUUCCAGAGCCUAAUUUAGGCAGUUCAACGUCUGCGCCUCCUUGUUGUGGUUGUUUUUGACCAUUUUGGUCAUGUUCGGUUAACGGUCUAUCAGUUGUGAAAGAGGAUUGGAACAUCCAGUCAGGAAAGAUGUUGUCAUCGAAGGGAUAUAUUCCUGUUUUGGCAAACGCGUGUACUGCAUUUGCGGGUGUAGCAGCCUUCAAAUACGCUUUAUUGAAAAGCCCAGCUACUUGGAAAUGUGUGACGAUUCUAGCAGGAUGUUGUUUAAGCCAAGUCUGAAUUUCUUGGCCGUAAUAAGUUUGGAGAGGUGAAAAAAAACCUACAUCCAGGGACUGUAGCCGGUGGGUACAAUGUGCGGGAAAACAGAAUAGUAUCACACCAUUAUCUUUCGCGUAUUGUAGCACUUCUAGGCUUUUGUGGCUGCUGUGGCCGUCCAAUAAGAGUAAAACCUUGUUUUCAUUCGAAGCUUUAGUGUAAUGUACAAAAUGUUCCAACCAUUGUACAAAAAUCUCUGAACACAUCCAACCGUUUAGUUGACAAUAGGCUUUGCUGCCCAUUGGAGCGUUGUCCAUCAGCUCAUUCAGAUUCGUCGAUGUUGUAAAUAUUUUCUGGUGGAAAGUUAUAUUUUUCCAUAACCUCGUUCAGAGAUUUAAAAUAUAAAGCGAUAUUAUUUUUAUUGAAGGCUUGUGCCCGAGCAGCUGAGGUGUUUUCAGGCCUUCUGAGAAAUAUCUGUGGAUUUCGUUUUAAAAAUCCCUGAAUCCAUUUAUCACCACCUGUUUCUUUUUCUUUGUUAAAAGGGUUUUUUAUAUUAUUUUUAGAUGCAAAUUCGAAAAUUAACUUCUUUAAAUCUUUUAAUGUUAAACCGAAGAAUUUAGCUUCCAUAUCCUUUAUAUGUUGAACAAAUUGAUCUUCCAUCUCCCGACUAAAUACUGGUCUUUUACCCCCCAAAUCUCCUUUGGUAGUGUUACAAUUGUUUUUAAAUCUUCUGCGCAGUGUGGUAGCAGGGACAUUGAAGAUUUUGGACGCUAAUUGCCAUCCCAUCUACUUUUCGCAAAGCCUCUACUAUGUUUUUUUUCCUCCCAUAACUGCGUCUUAGCCUUACUGGACAUUGUACUUGAGGCUGCAAGUGACAUUCCUCUGUCAUAAAAAAAGACUUCUCAGUUUUUAUGAGAGUCAAAACCUUAUACCUAUGAUGGCAUACUAUGCCAUCAAAGGAAAAGCUUUGGGAUGCCAUCAUAAGGAAAUUCGAGGUUUUAUUAAAAUCAGUCUCUGUAUUUUUUCAUUUACUACACAACCCUAAACUGGCACCUGUAUUACAUGUGUCAUAUGUAUAGAAAACAUGAAUUAAAUUGGUGCCCCUGAGUUAAGCAUAAUAAGAACAUGAUUUCAAAUUGAUUAAUAUGUAAAACUUACUUCGAGAGUCAACAAUAUUUCAUUUAUUUUUCUGCCUUUCAAGAAACAGCCCUACACUCACACUGCUUUGUAGACAUUCAUGUACCAGUAAGGAUAGCAUCUUGAACAGGUGAUUUGACCGCGAAAUUCAAAUGGUCCAAAAAAUUUGAAGGCAUGCCAUCAUCAUAGGCUGGUUUUCCCUAUUAUUGACGAAAGUGCAGCAUCUGCGACGACCCGACUGUGCGACGAGUGCAUUUUGCUCAAUGGUUAUUGAGGUAAAAUGAAUCACUGAAAUGGAGGCGGGGUGGGUGGGCGCGGUCCGCCCUCUAUUUAAAAUACUCUAAAAACAUCCUGAACGAUAAUUAUAAUAAAUUUCCUCAAUUUACCCUAAAAAUGCAAUUUCAGGGCCAUCGUGGGACUCAUAGACGACGAACUAGACAAUCGACUCAACCUAGCGAAUAUCAAAGCCGAACCUCUGAACUCUGUAGUUCAUUGAAAUAAAAUCUAGUGACUUUUCACCCGUUUUUUAUUUGUCAUUUAUAUGCCAUUUAUGAUCUUCUUCCUCCUUGUAACAGUCUCAUGUACGAAUGAGGCGGCAGAUUUGAAUGUAGGUACCACACUCUUCACUAAAGCCGACAAUUGCAAGGAAUGCUGGUCUUCGGAAAGUCUCGCCCUGUUAACUUCUCGUAUGAUCCUGGAGGACUUGCUUCCAAGCACGUCCAUUUUGGUGAUCGAUUCGAACGAAUUCGUGAGCGAUUUGGUGGAGUACUUUCGAAUGAUUCUUGAAACGGUACGACAAGAAACUCAUGGUAAAACUAAACACAUAACGUUGCUAGCUUUAACAGAUUUACUAGGGGGUUAUUUACACCACGCGGUUCUCCCUAUAGCCAAAUACGCGUAUUACGCUGGACUGAUCGAUUACGACAGCAUGGCCACGUUAUUGGGGCUUUUUGACGAACUAAAGUGGUUCCUGAGGACGAACGGACAAGGAUGGGCGAAACCUCUACCUCAAAAUAGUAAUGCACCCGACGAAAAAUCCAGUCGUUGUGACGCCACCAUCCCUUUGCCCUUUUUCGAUUCCAUUACUCGCCCUAGCGCUAUUGCUCUCCCUACGAAAACUUGCCCUUUGUACAACGUCGAGUCCAACACUUCGAGUUACUUGGUGAUGAAGUUCUUCGUCACGUCUUAUAAGUGUCUUCAGUGGAAAAACGUCAAGACUGAAAACAUGGGGAAGUUUCAGAAUGAGUUUUGUCACUGGAUCGAGGAACAGAUUCUUCCGCGUCUGCAGGAUGAGAAGUUCUAUUCGGCGUUUGGGGGUGUGUUAAGGGUGAGGAAUACUUUGAAAAGACUCGGUGUCACUCAAAACAACCUGGAGAAACAACUGGACGAAUUCCGGCACGCCGCAGAUCAAAGUCAAAACGAAAAUCUAGCCCCUACAAAUAGCCAAAUGAGCACAUCGUCCAUGAUUUUGACAGCCGUGUUAAUAACAAUCUUUGUUUGGUUCCUUCUAGGCACACUCUUCAUCUGCUACAAAAUGCGACAAACUAAACAAAAAGGUACUAGUUCUUCUCCUGAAGGAGGUGAAAAAACAACAACUUGUUCGUCUCUAAUCUCCAGCAAGUACUUCUACCCAGAAAAACCGAAGCUUUGUGUGGAAAAUAAAGGUAAUAAAGGUGUUCGUCGUCAUGAGAUUAUUAUCAAGGCGUGUCGAUGUGACAAUGCCAACGACGAAGAAGAGGGUGAUGAGACCACCCUGACGCCUGCCAGUGCGGGGAUGGCGGACUCUUCGCACACUGAUGGUCGCUUGCCGUCCAUCACGGAAAUGUCUGAACAGUCGACCUCGACGCCUAAACGAGCAAGAGGAAAAAGGUCACCUGGGGGAAGCACGACCGCGGGUUCGAAUGAUCCAAAUCGCACUGUGGUGAAGAAGCAGCUCUUUGAUAUGACGGAUUCGGAGAGUGAGGACUCUACGGAGCCGCCGUGAGUGUGAGAUAUAUA